CCUACAAACAAGAUGGCGACGGCCGAGUUAGAGCGUGGACCUUCUCCCGAAGAAGAAACUUUCAGCGUUGUAGAAGAGAAUGAGGAGAUAGAGGACGAACCUCAACCACCAAAGAUCAGAGAGACUCCAGAGGACAUUAAACAAGAGGCCAUCGUUAAUACACUGGCGUUCCAUCCUAAAGAGGACAUUCUCGCUGCUGGGGACAUUGACGGAGAUAUAUAUUUAUACAGCUACUCUUGCACUGAAGGUGAGAACAAGGAACUCUGGUCAUCUGGGCAUCACUUAAAGUCCUGCAGGAAGGUUGCAUUCUCAAGCGAUGGAGGAAAAUUAUUCAGUGUAUCCAAAGACAAGGCUGUUCACAUCAUGGACGUGGAGGCUGGAAAACUUGAAACGCGCAUUCCAAAAGCUCACAGCAAGCCCAUCAAUGCUUUGCUGCUGGUUGACGAGAAUAUGCUUGCCACCGGAGAUGAUGAGGGCACACUGAAAAUGUGGGACAUGAGGAAGGGCAAUGCGUUCAUGUCCCUGAAACACCACGAGGACUACAUCAGUGACAUGGCCGUCGACCUGGCCAAGAGGACGCUGCUCACCUCCAGUGGUGAUGGAACUAUGGGUGUGUUCAACUUAAAGAGGAGAAGAUUCGAACUGCUGUCUGAGUUCCAAAGUGGGGAUCUUACUUCAGUUUCAAUUAUGAAACGGGGACGGAAAGUGGUUUGCGGCUCCAGCAACGGGACAAUCUACAUUUUCAACUGGAACGGAUUCGGGGCCACCAGUGACCGCUUCACUCUGCAGGCAGAGUCUGUGGACUGCAUCGUGCCCAUGACGGACAGCCUGCUGUGUGCUGCCUCCAUGGAUGGGGUCAUCAGGGUCAUCAGCAUCCUGCCCAACCGGGUGGUUGGCAGUGUAGGCCAGCACACCGGCGAGCCAAUUGAGGAGAUUGCUCGGUCUCAGGACGGCCGCUUCCUUGCUAGCUCCGCUCAUGACCAGCUCAUCAAGUUCUGGGACAUUUCAUGCCUCCCCAAUACGAGGGUGAGUGAUUACAGGCGGCGCAAGAAAAAAGAUGGACGUCUGAAAGCCCUCAGCAGUAAGGCCUUUGGUACAAGAGGGGACUUUUUUUCUGGACUGCUAGACUCGAAUGAAGCAAACGGCGAGGAGGAGGAGGAGGAGAGUGACGAAGAGGGUGACGGUGACAGUGGGAGUGACUGAACAGCUCCAAGGGUUC